AAAGACAUGCGAGGAUGUCCAGGGUAAACUGUGGAUGACUACAUAACCUAUUGUUAGACAUUCAUUUUUUAAAUGAAAUUAUUUAUUAGGGUUAAAUUAUUUAAUUUUACAGAUAACCUUUAAAGAAUACGUAAACAUAUUUUUUGAUAACAUAGUGGGGACAUUAUGCAAACGAAAAUAUUUUACUUUUUCGUUUAGUAGUUUUUUGAGUUUUGUGGCAAAAAAAUGCUUUGCAGAAACAUAGUCAAUACGUGUUCCAAACAAAAGCUUUGUAAAAUUCAGUUACUUCAUACUAGUGCUAGUGUAUUUAAAGAAACUGAAAAUCCUAUACUACGAACGUUUCGUAUCUUAGGAACUUUGAAGAGAAAAAGACCUAAAGAAUCCUCACCUAAAUUUUCAAUUUUACCUCAGGAUCUAUGUCCUACUGACGUGGAUAUCGCUAUUAUUGGCGGCGGAGCUAUAGGCAGUUCUAUAGCGUAUUGGUUAAAAGAGAAAACUAAUGAAACUGCGCUUAAUAUAGUUGUCAUAGAGAAAGAUCCAACUUUUUGUAAAUCUUCAACAGCACUUUCUGUUGGCGGCUUGCGACAGCAGUUUUCAUUGCCUGAAAAUAUUCAAAUGUCCCUAUAUGGUGCGGAAUUUAUUAGAACCCUUAAGAAAAGAUUUGGGCCAAAUGCUGAAGUUAAUUUUACUCCUCAUGGUUAUCUGGUUCUGGCCAGUGAAAAUGGUGCAGAGCAGUUAGUGAACAAUAGUAAAUUACAAAACGAGCUUGGUGCAAUGAACAUUUUAUUGAAUAGAGACAUGAUCAAAGAGCGAUUUCCUUGGAUGAAUGUGACAGAUGUAGAACUAGGAUGUUUAGGGGUGGAAAAGGAAGGAUGGUUUGAUCCCUGGUCAAUGCUCCACUUGCUUAAAAAUGGAGCAGUCAAUUUGGGUACCCAGUAUAUUCAUGGUGAAGCUGUAGACUUUGUUCAUGAGGAAAGGCGGGAUAUAGUAAUAGAAGGGGUAAACGAGGCUGUACACAGGUCUCCAGUUGAAGUGGUUGUGAAGUUUCCUGAUGGUACACAAAAGAGUAUCAGGUACGCACUUUGUGUUAUUGCUGCUGGUGCAGAGUCAGGUCAGAUAGCAGAAUUACUCAGGAUAGGAAAAGGAAAUGGACUCCUAACAUAUCCGUUACCAGUAGAAAGAAGAAAAAGAUUUGUUUAUUCGUUUAAUUGCCAAAGCAAUCCUCCAGGUAUUAACACUCCCAUGACAAUUGACCACACUGGAGCAUACUUUCGGCGGGACGGUUUGGGGCCUUGUUUUAUAGGUGGCAUGUCCCCAGAGCCUCACGAAGAACCAGAAACUAACAAUUUAGAUGUAAAUUAUGAGUACUUUAAUGAAAAGGUGUGGCCUAUUCUGGCUAAUCGUGUGCCUGCGUUUAAUGCAGUUAAAGUUACCAGUGCUUGGAGCGGUUUUUAUGAGUACAAUACUUUUGAUGAGAAUGGUAUUAUAGGACCUCAUCCAUAUUUUACCAAUAUUUAUAUAGCGACAGGAUUUAGUGGUCAUGGAAUUCAACAAGCACCGGCUGCAGGCCGCGCUAUUGCGGAACUGAUCCUAGACGGCGGUUUUCAAACGAUAGAUCUUACAAGAUUAGGGUUUGACAGAUUAGUGCUCAAUAAACCCCUUUUAGAAAUAGGUAUAAUCUAG